GGCUCGGGAGCCUUUUGUGCGGGUAGUGAGCUGCGCCGGUCAGCGGCACCAUGAGCGGCUCGGGCGGGGCGGCGGCCGCCGCCAGUGGCUCCGCGCCGCCCGCGCAGGAGGAGGGCAUGACGUGGUGGUACCGCUGGCUGUGUCGUCUGUCGGGGGUGCUGGGGGCCGUGUCUUGCGCUGUCUCCGGGCUCUUCAACUGCAUCACCGUCCACCCUCUGAACAUCGCGGCCGGCGUGUGGAUGAUCGCCAACGCCUUCGUCCUGCUGCUCUGCGAGGCGCCCUUCUGCUGCUCCUUCGUCGAGUUCGCCAACACGGUGGCCGCGAAGGUGGACCGGCUGCGCUCCUGGCAGAAGGCCGUCUUCUACUGCGGGAUGGCCAUCGUCCCCAUCAUCAUCAGCCUGACCCUGACCACGCUGCUCGGCAACGCCAUCGCCUUCGCCACCGGAGUGCUGUAUGGCCUCUCUGCCCUGGGCAAGAAGGGGGACGCCAUCGCCUACGCCCGGAUCCAGCAGCAGAGGCAGCAGGCGGAGGAGGAGAAGCUCGCAGAGACCCUGGAGGGGGAGCUGUGAGGCGGCUCUGGGGGCCUGCGCCCCGGGGCCGUGGGAGCCGCGCGGG